CAAUUUUGCUGAGUGUAAAAAUUCAAGGAGCAAGAACAUCAAGGGCUUCAAAUCAGGAGGAAGAAUUUGGUUUGAAUUUGAAGCUUGUGUCCCCUCAAACUAAAAUAGUGAGCUCAUGAUGAGGGGCGUCGAACAGUUGGAAGACAACCCGAGAGACGUUUACGAAACAGCGGUUCGUCUACUGAUGACAGUCGCUGACAACAUUUUAAACAACCCGAGGGACAUCAAGUACAGGCGUCUCAAAUUGGCAAACAAGAGUGUAUCUGAAAAAUUGCUACCCGCCAGCGGUGCCAUGCAAUGUCUUUUCGAAAUGGGGUUUGACGAGGGCGAUGACAGUCUUGUGUUGGCAAUGUCCACGCCAUUGAAUGACCUGAAAUCAAUAAGGGACCAACUGGCUAUACUGCAGAGUAAAAUCGAUGCUUCUAAAUCAAAACCCAGACAAUCUGGCGGUGCUGUUGCGUCGACGUCUGCUAUAAAAAUUGCUGAAGAACCACUGACUGAAGAUUCUUACAUAAUCCCCACAUUCCAUCCAAUUACUAGCUCAAUGAGCCCGGCAUUUUUACGCUCAAUCGAAUCCUACGCCCACAAAGUCCUGCAGUACGAGAGCAAAGCCAUGCAGGACAAAGCCAGGAGAGUGGUUCCAGUAGAGGAAUUGUGGGUCAGAGCUCAAAAGACCCUGCGAGACCAUCAAUCAGAAAAAGUUGGCGUUGAGGAGGCAGAAGAUAAAGGUCUCCCGGAUUUACUGCUUUACGAGUUACUUCAAUGGUUCAAGUACGAGUUUUUUUCCUGGGUUGACCAUCCUGACUGCAUCCAAUGCAAAGCAAAAACCAGCCCUGUUGGCAUGAGUAAAAAGCCAGAGCAUCUCAAGGAAGCUGGCCGAACUGAGCUGUAUGUUUGUCCUUCUGGUCAUGAAACACCGUUUCACCGCUACAACAACCCUGCAAUACUGCUGCAGACUCGCAGGGGCCGAUGCGGAGAGUGGGCUAACUGCUUCACCCUGAUAUGCAGGGCGCUCAACAUGGACGCUCGGUUAGUUCACGACGAAACAGACCACGUUUGGACUGAGGUGUGGUCAGUGACCCAGCAGCGGUGGAUCCACUGUGACGCCUGUGAAGCCAUCAUGGAUUCCCCUUACACCUACCAGGCAGGCUGGGGCAAAAAGCUGAAUUAUGUGAUCGCAUUUUCAAGGGAUGACGUCCAAGACGUGACUUGGAAAUAUACACAAGAGCCUGUGAAGGUUGUGAUGAACAGGAGGAACCUUUGCACUGAAGAACAGCUACAGAACCUUUUAAAUGUUCUGCGCUACCGAUUGCAAGAGAAGGUGUCCUCUGCCCGGAAAGCAUUUCUGCAGAAUAGACAGAUAAAUGAAUUGAUGGCUAUGAUUUCUGUUCCUGGGAGUCACAGAGUUCUCAAAAACACAGAAACCCAAGGAAGGAUAUCUGGGUCGGAUGAGUGGAGACGAAACAGAAAGGAAACGGGGCAAAUUAAUUCAAAUUGGGUUUGGAAGCCAAACGCUCAAGAACUUGAAGCUGGACGCAUGCAGAUCAAAUUCUCAGCUGCCCAGAAUCUUUAUGUUAAGGGUACAGAGGAAAAGAUGAAUGGUUGGGCCAGUGGCGUCAUGUCUGCAAUCAACAUUGCCAGGAAGGUGGAGAGGGAUUGGAAAAUGGUGUAUUUGGCCAGAACAGAAGGAGCAGUGUCUGAUGAUGGCUCAUUAGUAUGGCGGAUUGAAGUGCCCAAAUCACACAAAAUAGGAGGUGUAGAAUUGACCUUGCCAGCAGCGACGUUUGAUAGUGGAAAAAUUCGCUGGAAGAUUUGUGGGGAGAACCCAGAUUUAUGUUUUAUGGUGCCGCAUGGUCAAACAACGUUUAAAACUAGUGAACUUGCUGGAUGCUCUGCAAUUACAAUCAAGGCAGAUUUGACUGGAGGAAGUGGAACUUGUGCUUGGCAACACGCUCAGAUUUCUCGACAGCUAGAAAACGACAGCGAAUUUCCUUUGCAGUUUGAUGUUGAAUUGAUUAAAUGAUUUUUUCAUUGGCAAUGCUAUGUGCUAUUCAAUAAAAUAAAAUAUAUUUAUAUCUUCUAUUGUUAAGAAAA